GGACAGUGGGAGGGGCAGCUCGUGAACAACAUUCAACCCUCCGACAGUAACUCAGUCGCACUCUGCGCCUCCUGAACCAAGGUAGUAAGGGUUACUAGCUCAGAGGAGUUUUACAUGGUCAUGGAAGGCUGUAUCACCUGUGGACUGUGGCUGCUCACCUUUCUGCUGGGAUGUGGCCGACUGUCGGCGUUCAACUUGGACACCGAGAAUGUCCUGCGGAAGAACGGGGACCCCGGGAGCCUGUUCGGCUUCUCUCUAGCCUUGCACCGGCAGCUGAAUCCAGAUAAGAGGCUAUUGCUGGUUGGUGCACCACAAGCAAAAGCCUUGAGUGGUCAAAAAGCUAAAGUGACAGGAGGGCUCUACAGCUGUGACCUGACUUCCACCACCGUUUGCACAAGAGUUAUUUUUGAUAAUAAGGAGGAUGUAUCCAGAGAAAGCAAAGAAAACCAGUGGAUGGGAGUGACAGUCAACAGUCAGGGGCCGGGAGGCAAGAUUGUGGUCUGUGCCCAUCGCUACCAGCGGCGCAACAAUGUGAAGACAUCCAUGGAAUCCAGAGACAUCAUCGGUCGCUGCUAUGUGCUGAGACAGGACUUAAAAAUUGAUUCCCUCACGAAUGACGAUGAAGGACAGUGGCAUUUUUGUGAUGGCCGUCCCAAAGGCCAUGAGAUGUUCGGUUCCUGCCAGCAGGGUCUCUCCGCUACAUUCGAUAAAGACUACCACUACUUAAUCUUUGGAGCUCCUGGAGCUUACAACUGGAAAGGCAUAGUACGCUUGGAACAAAGAAAUGAGACCUUUCUAGACAUGGGCAUCUUUGAUGAUGGGCCAUUUGAGGUAGGCGAUGAGAGUGUAAAGAACCCUGAACUGGUUCCUGCUCCUGCCAACAGCUACCUGGGCUUCUCUCUGGACUCUGGGAAAAAUUUGACUAAGAAGAACCAGCUAACAGUAGUGGCAGGAGCUCCCAGAGCAAACCAUAGUGGAGCAGUGGUGCUGCUGAAGAAAGGUGAACAAUCAAACAGCAUCUUACUAGAGGAGUACACCCUGGAAGGGGAAGGUCUGGCCUCGUCAUUCGGCUAUGAUCUGGCUGUCUUGGAUCUUAACGGAGAUGGCUGGCAGGAUAUAGUGGUUGGAGCGCCUCAGUACUUUGAGAAAGAUGGAGAAAUUGGGGGAGCUGUCUACGUCUAUGUCAAUGAGGCUGGAAAGUGGGACAAAGUCACACCCACCAGAAUCGAUGGACCUCAGGACUCCAUGUUUGGCCUGGCUGUGGAACAUGUGGGAGAUAUUAAUCAAGAUGGCUACCAGGAUUUUGCAGUGGGAGCUCCUUAUGAAGACAACGGUGCAGGGAAAGUUUACAUCUACCAUGGAGCUGCCACAGGUCUUAAGUCUAAAGUAGCUGCACAGGUGCUAUCUGGCCAGGCUUUAAGGGUUAGACUAUUUGGCUACUCUUUGGCAGGUAACAUGGACCUAGAUAUGAACUCUUAUCCAGAUCUGGCUGUUGGAUCCCUUUCAGACUCGGUCUUUGUUUACAGAGCCCAACCAGUUAUAAACAUCCAGAAAAAAGUCACAUUCUCACCAAGUGAAAUUGACCUCAGCAAUAAGAACUGUGGCAAAACUUUCUGCUUGGAAGUUAAAGCAUGCUUCACCUACACUGCCAGCCCCAAGAGUUAUACUCCCAGACUGACGGUGGCAUACUCCCUUGAGGUGGAUUCUGACCUUAGGAAGAAUGGUCUUAUACCCAGGGCCACUUUCAAAGAGUCUUCUGACUCUGCUAAUAACUAUGAAUCCAAAGGAACAAUCACCGUGGACACCAAAGGGAAGGAACAGUGUGUCACACGCCAACUUAUCAUACAGGAAAAUAUUAAAGACAAGCUGCGUGGGAUUCCAGUUGAUGUAACUGUGGACAUCCAGGAUGCCAAACGUAAGCGUCGUCAGAGUGCAGCUCCUCAAGUGCCACCUGUGCUGGACGCUAAUGUGCCGAAGACAACUCGAGCACAGUUGCACUUCCUGAAGGAGGGUUGUGGAGAUGAUAAUGUGUGUCAAAGCAACCUGCAAGUGAUAUAUCGCUACGGCCUCAGGACGGUCAACGAUGAAAGCUUCACUCCAUUUGAAUUGGAGAAUGAUGUGCCAGUGAUCCUGCUCAGCGACCAAAAGGACAUCGCCUUGGAGGUCACAGUGACUAAUCUGGGUGGAGAUGAUGCAUACGAAGCUUCUGUGAUCGCGCUUUUACCACGCUCUCUGACCUACUCUGGUUUUCGAGCUUCAUCUAAUGUAAAUGAGCCACAAGUUACCUGCACAGCCAAUAAAAAUGGCUCUAAGGCUGAUUGUGAACUUGGAAACCCGUUCAAACGUGACUCAAAGACGACCUUCUACAUUAUGAUGGGUACUGUUGGCAUCUCUCUCAGCACCUCUGAACUGGAGAUAGGGCUUCAGUUAGAGACGACAAGUGAAAAGAAGAAUGUACCUGCUGUCAAAGCCAGGGCAAAAGUGGCCAUCAUGUUGCAAUUGUCUUUAUCAGGUCGAGCCCAGCCGUCUCAGGUCUCCUUCUCUGGAGAGGUCAAAGGUGAGUCGGCUAUGAACACUGCAAGCGACAUUGGCAAUGCCAUCACACACCAGUUCAAGAUAAUCAACCUGGGAAAGAGCUUGACAGACUUUGGAGCCGCCACCCUUAAUAUAGACUGGCCUAAGGAGACAGAGAAAGGAAAGUGGCUGCUUUAUCUGAUAAGCAUCAGCUCCACCGGGGUGAAUCGGAUAGACUGCACUCCCAAAAACGAGAUUGACCCUCUAAACAUGAAGGAACCUGGUAAUGCCAGGAAGAGAAGAGAAGCAGGGAACACCCAGGAAGAAAACAAGGGGAUAAUUUCACGUUUAUUUGAUACCGGGCCAAAAAGUUUGUCCUGUGACAGAGGGGCUAAGUGUGUGAGGAUAAGUUGCCUCCUGGGGGGCUUGGACAGUAAUGCAGUUAUCACUGUCCACUCUCGUCUUUGGAACAGUACCUUUGCAGAGGAUUAUUCCAAGGUGCAACAUGUGGAAGUCAUAGUGAAGGCAUCUCUUUAUGUUGAUAGCAGAACGAAGAACACAGUGCUGCAGAAUGCUGAGGCACAGGCGAAACUGACUGUAUUUCCAGAGAGACGUGCCGCUACAUACGGAGGAGUGCCGUGGUGGAUCAUUGUGCUGUCCGUUCUUCUCGGGCUUCUGCUAUUGGGCCUGUUGGCGUUCCUCCUUUGGAAGUGUGGCUUUUUUCAACGUGCCAAGUAUGAAGACAAGGUUCCCAGUUACAACGCAGUUCGAAUCAGACGGGAGGAGAGAACCGUAAAACCUGGAAAUGGGAACUGGGAAAACCUGGAAAAGAAGCCAUGGAUGACAACCUGGCAUGGCAAUGAACACUAUUCUUAACAGCCAACUAAAUCUGAUUGCUUAUAUUCACUGUUGCUCACUGAUGAACCACCGGUUUCACACCUUUUUGCUGCCCUGCUUUUGCACAAUGUGGACUGUAAAUAUCAAGAAGCAAACUAAAUCAUUUGGAAAUAAGUGUUUUUAGGGCUAAAUACUGAAUCAAACAUUCAGCUCAACAAGCUGAAUUCUUCUUGAAUGAAGUGCAGGAGAUGGUCCUGCACAGUUGUGGAGCUUCUUUGGUACGUUUGGUUGAGAAGUGUGUAAGUGUUUUGUACAUUUGAAUGUUCUGAAUUGUCUGUAUUUAUUCUUGCAAGGAGUACUUUGUUACUUUAUAAGGCCAAAGAAUCAUGAGAGACAGACACUGGUUACUUAAAAUAUUAGUUUUCUCACCUUCUCACAAACACUACCAUUACAGUUUAUACAUUUCUUUCCUGCAUUCAAUGUGCCUCUGAUUGUACAGACAUGCAAUUUAAAGUUUGAGAACUAGGUUUGUAAAUAUCCUAUUAGGCCACAGUAUGAGUAAUUUUUAAAAAAAAUACUUAUUUUAAAAUAGGAUGGGUUGAGAGCCCCCCAAAAGUCUUUUUGAAUAAAUGUUUUUUUUAAAUGUCA